AUGAACAUCGACGAGCAUAAGCUGCCGACCGGCGGCCAGCACUACAGCGCCCGGAACAAGAUCCCCAACAUCCACGAGUUCGUCGCCCAGCUCGACAAGGAAAAGCGGGAACGCGAUGCCGCCAUCGAGGCCGAGGACAAACAACACAACAAGAUCGAGAGGCAUGCCCAGAAGCAACCUAGUGACGAGUCCAAGGACCACAUCCCCUCAAAGAAGGAGCGCAAGAAGACCAAGACGGUGCGGGAUCCUGUGACCGGCAAAGACGUCGAGAUCGAAGACCCCAAGGACGACUUUGAAGAUGUCGUCGAGAACCCUCAGAUCUCUAUUCCCAACCAGAACUUGGGUAAGGAGGCCACCAUUUCAACGUCCUCGAAGCAGUCCGGCGAGGAGUAUCGACAUGCGCAAGAUGUCACGGCACCACCCGACCCAGUCGAGCCCGGUAGCACCUCCGAUGUGCCCAUCCACAGCGAAAAGACAAACGUCACCUUUUUCAAAACCCCCAGCGUCAGCUACGAGCCCAUGUUCGAACACCUCGAACGCCGCGCCAAUCUCUUGUGCGCCGGUAUCUUUUUCAGCAUUGUCAUUGUCGGCAAGUUUUUCGGCGGUGCCCUCUAUGGCUUGGUACCGCUUGGUUUCUGCGUUGCAUCCGGUGUCUUCCUCUGGGUCAAAGAUCUCAUCACACAGGGCCGAAACACGGAAUGGUCUAGUGAACAGGAACGCGGUGAGACAGCCACUGUCAACCUGGUUCCCGAGUCUGUCGAGUGGAUGAAUACUGCACUCGGAAUUAUGUGGAAUCUGAUCAACCCUGAGAUGUUUGCCGGUGUUGCUGACACUCUCGAGGACGUCAUGGUAGCCUCGGUUCCCGGCGUCAUCGAGAACGUUCGUGUCGCCGACAUCUCUCAGGGCAGCAAUCCUCUUCGCAUUCUCAGCUUGCGCGCCCUCCCCGAUCAUCAUGUAAAGGACAUCAAGGACGAGGCUCACAAGCAGAACCAGAAGAACACUGACCCUAACGAGUUGGCGGCCAUGGAGCAGGCUGGUUCCUUCUACAACCUGGAGGCCUCGGUCGCCUACCAUGCAAAGCCCUCCGGUGCUGAUGUCUCGUCCAAGGCCCGCAAUAUGGGAAUGCAACUCAUCUUCUAUCUUGGUGUCAGGGGCCUCUUCGGAGUUCCCCUUCCAAUCUGGGUUGAACUUCAGGGUCUCGUUGCCACGGCCAGAAUCAGACUUCAGCUCACUCCCGAGCCUCCUUUCCUCAAGACUCUCACCUUUACGCUGAUGGGCAUUCCCAAGGUGCAAGCUGGUUGCACUCCAAUGAUAGAAAAGGGUGUCAAUAUUCUUAACUUGCCCCUUAUCUCCAACUUCGUGAACUGGGCCAUCGGUACUGCAGCUUCCAUGUACGUUGCCCCUAAGAGUAUGACCUUGGACUUGAGCAAGAUGCUCCAGGGCGACGACAUCAAGAAGGAGACACUUGCCCUCGGACUUCUCUUCAUCCGCAUCCACAAGGCCGUUGGCCUCAGCAAGCAGGAUCGCCGUGGCAGCGAAGGUGGUGGCUCUGACCCUUACAUCACCGUCGCCUGA